AUGUUUGCGGGCCGAGCAGGUGCGGCUGUGGGGUCGGCGGCGUCAGGAGGAAAGGGCGGGAAGUUCUCGGUGGAGGAGCUGUACGGGUUCAACAAGAAACCCAAAGUGAACAGAGGGAAUCCUGGGAAAACCGAGCGAGGAGACGUGAAGAAAGACGCCAAGGAGAAGGAGGAGUCCAUGCUGGCGUCUCAGAUCCUGGAGGCGGCGAGACGGCUGAUGGAGAGACGGCGGCUGGAGAUCUACCUGAGGGAGUGUGACAUCACCAUGGACCAGGGCAACAUGCCCUACAGGUGA